CCUACUACGAUUCGUUGAAGUUGGUGAAAGUUUGACAAGCCCGAGGAGUCUCACUGCCGAGCUGCACAAGAUUGAGGACAAGACGGAAACAUAACGGGGCUAACGUGCAUUCAGACUAACGGUCUUUAUCUCCAUAGAAACCAUGGAAUCUGUCGCCCAGAAAGUGCUGACUUCCGGAUUCACUCUGGAUUUUGGACCUCUGAAAGAACCACUGGCGUUUAUCCGUUUGUUAGGAUGGCUGUUCUCCAUAUUUGCAUUCGCUACAAUUGGAGGUUACAGUGGCACAAGCAGCGUCAACAUCCAGUGCCACGGGAGCGCCAUUCAAGAAAUACAUGCCGACUUUAACUACCCUUUCAGGUUAAUGCAGCAUCCCUAUAAUGUUCCUGACUGUAAAAUCAAUCAGACGACCACCACGGAGAGCUUCCUGACAGGAGACCACGCUUCCUCGGCACAGUUUUUUGUCUGUAUUGGAGUGUUCGCCUUUCUUUACAGCACUGCCACUCUGGUUCUCUACCUGGGCUACCACCAUUUGUAUCGGGAAUCUAGUCGUGGUCCUCUCGUGGACCUGUUGGUGACUGCAGCCUUUGCCUUCCUGUGGCUGGCAUCGUCCUCUGCUUGGGCUAAAGGCUUGUCGGAUGUGAAGUUUGCCACCAGUCCUUCAACCAUUGUCUCUCUCCUUGAUGUUUGCAAAGAUACCAACAACAAGUGCACUCCAGGUGCGGUGCCUCACAUGGGCAGACUCAACAGCUCAGUGAUUUUUGGUUUCCUUAACCUCAUCCUGUGGGGAGGCAACUGCUGGUUCAUUUAUAAGGAAACAGAUUUCCACAAAACGGCCAACCAGCCUGCAGGUGUGGAGGGGGGCGCUAGGCCAACGUAACUGCUGAGGAUCCUCAUCUCAUAAAUCUCAAAAGUAGUGUUCUUGAAUGAGUCAUUUUGGUACUAAUUGUUAAUAAUAAUUGAAAAACUUUGGAAUACAUGGUACACAUUUCUAAAAAAAAUUUAAAACUACAAAUUUUUGUAAAGUAUUAUGUCAUAUUUACAGACUGAAAUGGCCACAGUAACUUGAAGUAUAUUAUGUGUACAUGGUUUUGAAUCAUUUAUAACAAAUGGUCCUUGUUUCAUAUGGUAAUACAGAUUUGUCUGAAUGAUGUGUUGCAUCACAUUUCUGUUACUUCUUUCUUUAACAAAAAAACCAAAAAACAACCUCAGGGUUAUUCAGUGUCAGAUCUAAUUAAUGUGAACUAAUAAACUAAGUGAGAUUACUCUUAAUACAAACGUUAGUAUAAUCCUUACAUAUAAAAUAGGCGUAAAUAAUUAAAGUUGUAUUUAUAUUAAAAAAUAAAUUCUGUUGCCGAUAUGAGAUUUUUUGUAAUGGGUCAAGGUAGUUACAUUUUUUUCUUAAGUCAUUAUAGUAAAGUGGUAAAGUAGUGAGAUUACCUUGAACAUCUUAUGUUGAGUGUCAUAUAUCCCUUUAGAGCAUGUUUGCUCUUUUUUUUAUUUUUACAGGUACAAUUUGUGACUCUUUUAAAAAAAAAAAAAUCAUAAGAAACGUUACUUGUAGCUUUUCCUUAAUAAGUUAGUUGGGUACCAUUAGCAGAUUAACUGCCUGUUUUCUUAAUCUUUAAUUUGCCUGGCUCCUGCUUCUACAUUGUUACAACGAAAGGAAAGCUGUUUUUCAUUGUGACUGUCAUAUUUUAUUUUUGUCUUUGAUAAAGCCUUACUUGUUGCAGUGUGUGCUCCUUGCCCUUUUGUUAUGAUAUUAAAAAAUAAAUGAGACAGAAGUUCGUAUCAAAAUCAGUGAA